AUGGAAAUUCGCAACCUCUGCUUGGCGGGCGGAUUUCCGUUGAAGAAGUGGGCAGCCAACGACGAGAGGAUCCUGACUGGAGUACCAAGCGAUCAUCGUUUGCAGCAAUUGCCGCCAGCUUGGGAAGGAGAGAGUCACUCCACGCUAGGACUCCGCUGGCACCCGCAACACGACCAGUUCUCUUUCGUGUUUCAUCCGCACGCUGCCAUCAACCACACGAAGAGAACGGUUUUAUCCAAAACCGCACGGCUCUUCGAUCCAAUGGGGUGGCUCGCUCCAGUCGUGAUUCGAGCAAAAAUUCUCAUUCAAUCCACGUGGCUGCAAGGAUUGGACUGGGACACCCCGCUGCCGCCAUCCGACGCUCGAGAGUGGCAACGUCUUCUAGAAGAACUCCAUCUUCUAGAUCAGGUGCGAAUAAAACGCUGGCUCGGGACCGGAGCAGAUAAGGCCUCGCUGCAGCUUCAUGGCUUCGCCGAUGCAUCCGAACGAGGAUAUGCAGCCGCAGUAUACAUCCGCAUUACUGAAAGGAACGAAACGCCAGUAAGGUUAUUGAUGGCCAAAAGCAAAUUAGCACCCGUCAAACAAGUGACCUUGCCGAGGCUGGAGUUGUGCGCCGCCACGCUACUCACCAAUUUGACGCGACAUGUCAAACAAACGCUCGACCUGGCAACAUCAGACACGUACUUAUGGUCAGAUUCAACAGUGACCCUCCAAUGGAUUCGCGGUCACUCCUCACGCUGGAAGACUUUCGUCGCCAAUCGAGUCGCUCACAUCCAGACGCAGCUGCCUAAUGCACAAUGGAGACACGUAGCUGGUCGCGACAACCCUGCGGACUGUGCAUCAAGGGGUAUUAAUCCAAGCGAACUAAUCAAUCACGCUUUAUGGUGGACAGGACCUACCUGGUUGUCACAGCACGAAUCGGCCUGGCCAAAUUCCGUGAUGGAGAUCCGAGGAGACGACGUGCCAGAAAGGAAAGCCACGAGCCUGAUGACUGUCAACCGGGUCAUCGUCGAGCCAGAAAUCCUGCUCCGCUUCUCAUCUCUGCAUCGCCUGCUACGGAUAUCCGCAUGGUGCCGUCGCUGGCUGCGCGCUUCUGAGCCGACUCACACCGCUGGACUAACGUUGAGUCCUGAGGAACUCGACAUGGCACUCUUUCGCUGGCUUCGAGAAGUGCAGACACUGCACUUCACGGACGAGAUCACCGCAGUCGCAGCUGGACGCUCCGUCGCACCACGCAGCACAUUAGUCAAGCUGACUUCGUUCCUCGACGACCAUGGUGUUCUGAGAGUGGGAGGUCGGCUUAAGCACGCCCUGCUGACACAAGAUGAGAGGCACCCGAUGAUCAUUCCAACCUCGUCGUGGCUGACUCGUCUGCUGGUGGAAUCCUGUCACCGUCGGACGCUGCAUGGCGGAGUGCAACUUACCCUGGGGCUGCUUCGACUGCGCUUCUGGAUUCCACGAGGACGCACAGUUGUGAAACAGCAACUACAUCGCUGCAUCACCUGCACAAGAUGGCGAGCAACGACGCUGCAGCCACCGAUGGGUAAUCUACCCCGCGAUCGGGUCACUCCGACUCGGCCAUUUCUGCGCACUGGAGUGGACUAUGCAGGACCCAUCCUCAUCCGGACGAGCAAGGAACGAGGACACCGCGCCUAUAAGGGCUAUAUCGCAGUAUUCAUCUGUUUUUGGUCCAGAGCCAUCCACCUCGAACUUGUCUCGGAUUACUCUUCAGAGGCCUUCAUCGCCGCUUUACGUCGCUUUGUCUCACGUCGAGGUCUCUGUACGGACAUAUAUAGCGACUGUGAAACGACCUUCAUCGGGGCUGACCGCACUUUACGGGAACUCUUCGUCGCUGCAUCCACAGAGGGUCGUGGAAUCGCACGCGUAGCUGCUGAACAUGGCAUACGGUGGCACUUUAAUCCACCAGCAGCUCCGCACUUCGGCGGAUUGUGGGAGGCAGCCGUCAAAUCCGCUAAGUAUCACUUGCGGAGGGUGAUAGGUGAAACCACUCUCACCUUUGAGGAACUGACCACUCUCCUCACACAAAUUGAGGCCUGUUUAAAUUCUCGUCCAUUACAGGCACUCUCUGACGAUCCAGACGAUAUUACAGCACUGACUCCGGGCCACUUCCUGAUUGGCGCGCCGCUUCUCGCCAUCCCGGAGCCAGUACAGGAGGACACCAGUGGAUCCGCAGCAUCACAAUGGCAUCAUCUCCAGGCGAUGCGAGAUCACUUUUGGCAAAAAUGGUCGGGAGAGUACAUCCAUGGACUCAUCUCACGACCUAAAUGGUUGAAGGUCGAUACCACACCUCACAUCGGAGCACUCUGCCUUGUGCGCUCCGAGAUUUCGCCUCCAAACCGAUGGCCUCUCGCCCGGAUCACAAAACUGCAUCCCGGCGACGACGGGAUCGUACGCGUGGUCACCGUUCGAACCGCGACCUCCGAGCUCGUGCGUCCGCUCGUAAAAAUCGUCUUACUUCCCGACUUCACAACGGACGUAACGACACGCAACGCAUAG